AUGCCCGAAUUCGGCUACUGGGCAUGGGAGAAUGUACAAAACUCCAUUGGACCUUAUGACCAGGUAGUCGACCACAUCAAGCGCACAGAAAUCCCCUGGUCUCGAAAGGAAAGACAACUCGUCUGGCGAGGAAAGCCCAAUUUCGCACCUAAGCUGCGGCGCGCCCUGAUGGAUGCUGGGCGAGGCCAGCCGUGGGGUGAUGUCAAAGCCGUGGAUUGGAACCAACGAACGAACGUUAUAAGUCUAGAGGACUAUUGCCAGUACAUGUUUAUCGCCCACGUUGAAGGACGAUCUUAUUCUGCGUCUCUAAAAUAUCGCCAGGCAUGCAACUCAGUUGUUUUAGCUCACAAGCUGCAGUGCAUCCGGCACCAUCACUACCUGCUUGUUUCAGAAGGACCGAGCCAGAACUACGUCGAAGUCGAAAGGAGUUUCAGUGACUUGGCAGCCAAGUUAAAGCCGUUGCUGGACGAUCCAUCACGGGCAGAACGAAUUGCCACCAACAGUAUACAAACAUUCCGCGACCGAUAUCUCACCAAGGCAGCGGAGGCGUGCUACUGGCGUAUGCUCUUCGAGGGGUACAGUGGCGUCUGGAAUAGCAGUGUUCCGGGUAAUUCAAGUCAUCAACAAAAGAAACGAGGCUUCCGAUACGAGCCGUUCAUUCUUCUGGACAGUCGCAUGAUGUUGGAAUUUGACGCGAAGAGCGCAACAAGCACGUUGAGUUGA